UGCGGCCUGAUCGAAAGAUUCCCGGAAUGGAGACUCGCCAAGACUGCUCCAACAUUUUCAACGGGAUGCAGGAUCUGGGAGCUGAUGGGGACCAGGAACAACAGCAUGGUGGGAAUGCAAUGGUCUUGAAGGCUGGAGAGGAAAGAGGCGAGAAAGGGCUUGAGCAGAGCGGGCCCGCUCAGGGGGAGCUUGAUGGGGGCGAAGUUGCUCCGGGCGAACUUGCUGAAGGCAAGCUUGCUCAAGAAGAGCCUGCUCAGUGCAGUCUCGCUCAGGAAGCCACAGAAGAGGGAGAGAAGGGAGAAAUCCAAGAAAAAGAAAUGGGAGGAGGACAGGCUGGCGCUGGUAGUGCUGGCCCCGUGGACAACCCAGUCCAUGAGGAAGGUGGCCAUGGCGCCAGCGUGGAUCAAGAGCAGCCUCAGCAAGAGGCGGCGGCAAUGCCUGAGGGCACCCAGAGUCCCCAGACUGGGGAAAGGCUGCCUGUCAAGCGCCGCACCAGAUUCACCCUGUCUCAGCUGCAGGAUCUGGAGCGGCUUUUCCAAGAGAAUCGCCACCCCAGCUUGCGGAUGAGGAAGGAUCUUGCAAGAUGGCUGGGUGUGCCAGAAGCCGACGUGCAGGAUUGGUUUAGGAACAGGAGAGCCGUUUACCGGAGGAAUACUAGACUGCUGGUGCUGUGUGAUACAUUCCCUGGACCCGAGAACAACGAUGCCUGA